ACCGUCGGUUGGACGCGGCAGUUUAAAUUAACAAUGAAGUGUUUAAUUGUUGUUUUAUUAUUCAUAGGCGUGUGUUUGUGCGGCGAUGAUUUUUCCAGAAUCGAUUCAAUUAGGCAAGAGAGUCCUUGUUCCAGUGCUGGUGGAAUAUGCACAAUAGCUGAUGACUGCCCCAAGGGCAGACUGGCAGAGCAACGAGGACUAUGUCCUGAACAGAGAAGUGUUGGAGUCGAAUGCUGUUAUGGAGUGUCCGUGAAAGAGACAAGGUGUAGCAAGCAGGGAGGUAGUUGCAUCGCCCCUGACGAUUACUGCAAUCCACGCCUUAUCUUCUCGAGAGCUACGGACUGUCCGGAUAAUUACAAAUGUUGUGUUCUUGUAUAA